ACCGGCACCGGCAUCAGCCCCGAGCCCGGCCCAUGGCGGCUCCGGCGGCGGUCGCCACCGCAGGCAGCCGGUGAGCCCAGGCCGGGGCGGGCGGUGUGGCCGGUGACACUGCUGGUGACACGGCCGCUGGCACGGAGGGACCAUGCAGGCGGAGGCCAGAGGGGAAUUCUGCAGCCGGGACCAGCGCCCUGAGCUUGGCAAGGAGCCACCGGUCCCGGAGCGCCCUGCAGGGACCCCCACUCAUGGGCCGGCCCAGGAGACCCCCCGAGUGCCCGCGGAGGAGCAGGGCGGCAUCCCCAUCCCCAGCGCCGGCCUGCUGCAGGUCACCGAGCGCCGACAGCCCCUGAGCAGCGUGUCUUCGCUGGAGGUGCACUUCGACCUGCUGGACCUGACGGAGCUGACGGAUAUGUCGGACCAGGAGCUGGCCGAGGUCUUCGCCGAUUCCGACGAGGAAAACGCGGCCGGAGAGACGCCCGGCGGGCUGCAGCCGCCGGCGGUGCCGCGGGCCGGGUACCUGCGCUCGCCCUCCUGGACCCGCGCCAGGGAGCAGGGCCGGGACAAGAAGCACCUGAGCGACCCCGAGCCGCCGCCGGGACCCCCGGGACCCCCGGACGCCUUCCUGCCCGCCGAGCGCCCGCGGGAGCCGUAGGGACAAAACCCGCCGGGGGACACCGGGACGCGGCGGUGCUGGUCCCGUCGGUACCGAUGGAGCCCGUCCCCGGGCGCAGGACUCCCGUUAGCCCGCCCGGAGGGCAGAGGCGG